CAUAUCUGUUGCCUCCUCUUCGUUCAGCAAUCAGAAAACUGGUGAAAAUCACUCAUCGACGACAGAUCGACAUGAGGACUAGAAAUGCCGAUGCGACGAAAUCGGCGGCUCCUAAAAAGACGCCGCCGUCCAGGAAAUCGGCCACCAAAAACACACCCGAUUCUGCUGCGGAAUCCGUCACUCCAAAGACCUCGGAGACAAAGCGCAGCGCUGCUGCCAAAGCAAAGCAGGCAAAGAACAACGAAGCCGCCACAACCUCGCCGAUUUCCGGUUCUGAUUCAAAGCCUGAACAAGCUACAGUAACUGCUGAAACAAACGCAUCUACGGAUGCUAAUUUAGUGACGCCUGAAACAAAAGUUGUAUCACGCAAGAAAAUAGUGAAGAAAGUAGUGAAGGUAGUUAAAAAAACGCCUGCAAAGACUAAAACUCCUGCUGCAGAAAAAGCUGUUUCUGGGGAGAUGCCGAAGAUAGAAGAAUGUGUAAAGGAUAAGGAUGAAGAGAGUGUGAAGGAGGAAGUGGCUGCUGUAAAGGAAUUUGACUCUGUGAAUAAUGGGGAAUCUGCUAAUGAAAAUGUUGGGGAAUUAGCAAAGAAGGAAGAAACUAAUAGUGAAGUGGGAGAACCUGCUGCUGAAAAUGUUGCAGAAUCUUUAGAGAAAGGAAAAGCUGUGAUUGAACUAGAAGAACCUGUAGUUGAAUAUGGUAGGGAGAAUCAGUCAACAGCAGAAACCGAUGAAGACCCUGAGGAGCAAACUACAAUGGACAUGGACUUGCCUUCCAAUGAGGUCAGCGAGGUCCCUAAGGAUCAAGAACCAAUCAGCUCAGACAAAGAAGAGGAAGCGAAGUUGGUUGAGACAAAUUAUCUUGAUAACAUGGAAGACAAGAAAGUUGAGGCUGUUGAUAAAAAAGAAAAUUUCCAAGAGGAUUUGCAAGUGGAAGAGACCCAACCUUCACAGGAUGAAUAUGGUGGUGACGAGGGAUAUGAGGAGUAUGGUGAUAGGUUGGACUUUGAGGAUCAUGGUGAGGAUGACUUUGUAGAAGAGGAUCCUGAGGAGCCUGUUGAAGAAGAUGAGGCACUAGAAGAGGAGCAAAAGGAAUUAACAGCUGUAGCUAAGGAGCGUAAGAUAAAGAAAGAAUAUGAAAUAUUUGUUGGUGGCUUGGAUAAAGAAGCUACAGAGGAGGAUGUGAGAAAGGUAUUUGAGAAAAUUGGUGAAGUAGUUGAAGUUCGAUUGCAUAGGAAUCUUUCAACAAAUAAGAGCAAGGGAUAUGCAUUUGUCAAGUUUGCAAACAAGGAGCACGUGAAACGUGCUUUGUCAGAAAUGAAAAACCCUGUGAUUUGUGGAAAGCGAUGUGGAACAGCACCAAGUGAGGACAAUGAUACUUUGUUUUUGGGCAAUAUAUGCAACACAUGGACAAAGGAAGCUAUAAGACAAAAGUUGAAGGAAUAUGGUGUUGAAGGUGUUGAAAACAUCACUCUCGUCCCAGAUGUUCAGCAUGAAGGAAGGAGCCGUGGUUUUGCAUUUCUUGAGUUCUCUUGCCAUGCUGAUGCAAUGCAUGCAUACAAGAGGCUUCAGAAGCAUGAUGUUGUAUUUGGUCAUGCCGAGAGAACUGCCAAAGUAGCAUUUGCUGAACCUAUACGUGAGCCUGAUCCAGAAGUUAUGGCCCAUGUAAAGACAGUAUUUCUUGAUGGGCUUCCUCCUUUCUGGGAUGAAGACCGUGUUAGGGAACACUUGCAAGGUUAUGGGGAGAUAGUGCGAGUUGUCCUGGCCCGAAACAUGUCAACUGCCAAGAGGAAGGAUUUUGGAUUUGUUGAUUUCUCGUCCCAUGAAGCUGCUGUUGCUUGUAUUGAAAGAAUAAACAACACAGAAGUGGGUGAUGGGAACUCAAAGACAAGAGUGAAGGCAAGGUUGUCAAAUCCUAUGCCUAAAACUCAGGCUGUGAAGGGUGGAAUGUGUGGUGGCUUUCUGAUUGAUCGUGCUGGCAGUGGAACCUCUUCAAGAUUUGGAAGGGGUUUUGGGCGUGGUGGACAUCACUUCAACUGGUCAAAUUUCCAGCGCGGUAGGGGUUUCUAUCAGAGAGGGCGUGGUCAACCUAGUAGAAUGGGUCCCAACGAGUAUCAUUUCAAUAACAGAUAUGACAUGUUUCAUGGGAGGCAAAUUAUUGGCCGAGGAGGAAGAAGGGGUGCUCUCAGAGGUGGUUAUCACCCUGCUGGCAGGGGUGUCGCAGCUGGUGGUCCAUCGAGAACUAAUUUCAGUAGACCUUGGUUUAAUGCCUCUGAAAGAGGGCAUGGGGACCAUGCUUCCUCUAGGAGGCCACCAUUUUCUCCAGAAGCCUUUGAUAGGCCUUAUGUCGGGAGGCACUUUGAUGACCCUUAUUUCUAUGAUGAUGGUGCACAUGGAAUGAAGCGGCCAUUUUACAUGACUGACCAUGAACCUGAUUAUUCAGAACCUAGUAGGCUCAGGCCCCGGGUAGAUUAUGCUGACCCAGGAGUUCCAUUUCACGGGACACAUUAUCGUGACAAUUAUGAAGCAGGCGGCGAUCCUUACUCGCAUGGUUAUUAUGGUCCUGAAUAUGGUGCAUAUCCACCUUAUUACAGGAAUGAUCGUCCAUAUGGAGGUGGUUAUUACUAUUAGACAUAUGGCUGUUUGGUGGUGGGGCUUGGAAUAGCAGGAUGCGCUUCAAUAGUCACAGGCAAAUGGCUUGCUAUUGAAAAAAAUUGUUGAAGUCACGUCUCCAUUACUUUCUUGGUGUUUUCUUUCUGUUUUUCCUCUCAAUGCUCUUACUUCUUGCUUUCUCUAUCUGAAUCACAUGAUGCAGUGUGCUGAAUGUUUAAAUUGUCUAGUUUAGGUUGUCUCCAGAGGACAUAGACUAAGUGAUAUACUCUGUAUGUUGAGGAUUCGAAUAGGCAUUUUACCUUUUCAUUUAGGUUUGAACUACUUGAGGACUUUUGGAAUGAACUUUUCUAAAUUUCAGCUAUUGGUUUCCUGUUGUCAUCUUGAGCUGAAAUUGAAACCAUAUUGGUGACAUCUUUGUUUGAAAGAGAAUUUUAAAUCAAGGGGUUCACAGUCAAAAGUGGUGCAGUAGUUAAAAUAUCAAGCAAGCUGAUGGAGGCAUUAUGGAGACUACAUUGAAGAUUUGUGUAAAAAUGAAAAAGGUUUAGAGUUUGUAUGCCUAACAUGUGGGAAUUAUAAAAGCUUAACCUGUUAUAUGAUCUGAGAUUUUUGUGAAUUGGUAUGGAAUUGUGCUGAAUAAAUAUUAGUGGUUACUUUUGGUUACAAGGUGGAUGUUGAUAUCAUAUCUGUUGAUAUCGGAUUAAAGUAUUACUCGGAAUCUCUUGUCAUUUGUAACUUAUUUUGGUUGUUCAUUAACAUUAUCAAUGCUCAUAAAUAAAUCAUUGUAUAGUAUCAUAUCCGAGGAGCUAAAUAAUUGAUAGGUUCUCAUUAUGUUAGUUGGUGAUUGAGCAAAUUAAGUUUUGUAUGUUCUGAGAGAGAUUUUUAUGGUACCUUUAAAAAGAAUCUUUUGAUUAGGGGACAGGACUUUCUGGUAUUGAUGAAUGUGUCCCAUUUGAUGAAUAGAUUUUAGGGUUAAAUUUUAUUCUGAUUGCACUGUAUAAAUAAAGAAAUGACCUUAGUAUGCCUUUUCAAGGAAACCUCAUUUUACAGGAAAAUGUUUGUGCCUUAUAACUUUAGAUGGUUGAUGAAGUGCUUUUCAAAGCUUCAAGCAUUUUGGUGGGUGGUAAGGACCUGCAAUCCUGCACAUUGGGGUUAUAAUUUUGAUGCGUCAUUUCCUGCAAAUUCAUAUUUUACGAGUACUCAUGUCCUGACAAACUGGUUUAUGCCUCAAGUGAUUUGAAUAUAUCUCAUAAGACUAGGCUUAUGGAACAAUGAAAUGGUGAUUACAAUUGAAAAUGAAGGGCAUUAACUUUCCUCUCUUUUAUUCAUUUGAAAUAGAGGUAAUAGUUCUGAUCCUUGAAGAUUAGGAAAAGUUAACUACAUUUAAGUUAUUUGUUCCAGUUCAAGUUCACUCUUCCAAUAAUCUAUCUCUGGGUUGUCCAGUUUGGUUUAGAAGAACCCUUGUGUGAGAGUUCAUAAAGAUUCUGAAACUGGCAAGAAAUUGGAACACCAAACUGAAAGAAGUUGUGAGCUGAAUGUGGUUGGUUGGUUGGUUUUCCAUUGAGCCUUUUGAUUUCUCAGUUUCUCAGUUUGUCUUUUCAUUUCAAAAGUAGAUGGUUAGCUGUCUAAACUGAUUAUGUUUGUGUUUGAGAUACAUAUUUUAAAUGGUGGAGUCACUUUUCUAGUAUUGGUUUACUGUUUGAACCCUCAUUAACUUUGUGUGUUCGCUUUUGUACAUGGACUCACACAUGCUUUGUAAGACUACCAUUAGUAUUGGUAGACUGAUUAGUUUUACUUUCUUUGCUGCACUGUGUUCUUUGAUGUGGGUUCAAAAAUUGUGCUCAGUGCUGGUAGAUUGUUUGAAAUCUUCUUGAUUGUCUUGGCACAAAGAUUUUUUGAGCUCUUUAUUUCUUUUCUUGGGCAUAUUGAUACUCUGCAUGGCUUUUGCAAGCAGUCAGUAAUUUUUUUUUUUUUUGCUGAUGAAAAUGAUCAAUACCAUCAACUUGCUUCUCUAUUUUCUUGUUAGAAAUAAAGAAAAUGAUUCUGAUCCUUGAACAUCAAGAAGAGUUGGGCUUGUUUAGAGAGUAUGCUACCCUUUAGUUUAUCUGUUUACCCCUAGUUCCCUUACCAAAUGAUCCCCUCUAGAUAGUUACUAGUUUUUGUUUGGGAAACAGCUUUACUGCAGUGUUUUCAAGGAGAACUUUUCUGAAGUUGAAAUUCAAACUGAAAAAACAGUUUUCUGAAUCAAUUGGUUUGAUUUUGACUUUUUUUUUUUUUUUUUAAAAUUUCAGUUUUGACUUUUUGUGGUUACAAAAAUUUUAUGGUUAAUAAUUUGGUGGUCGUGUUUAUGUAUACACUCAUAUAUACUCUCUGUCUUGCUGCUUUUUUGAUUUUAGGUUGUAGGGUUCUAGAUGGACCGCUGAGUUGUUUUUAUUAUAAUUUAAAUCUAUGGGAUCAGCAUUAUUCCUAGCCUGCCUCACUUUUGCUGGACCACCCACUAGUCUCUUUUCUUUCUUCAUGUAGACAUGGAAGCGCUUAAUCUCAAAUCAAUCUCAUUCCUUGCUCUUUAAAGCUUCCUCUAUUUUUGCCCCCUUCCUUUCAAUGUUUGUUAUCUUAUGUUUUUCACUCUUAAUCUCACUCUUUAUGACCUGUGUUGCAUUUUUCUUUGAUUUGGCUUCUUUACCUUGUUUAAGUACAAUUGCUUUCUUUCCAUUCAAAUUUUAUCUUAAAGUUUCUAAGGUGUCUUUUCUUUGCAUUUAUGGUUUUUAUGAGUGAAAAAAGGUGGUAUAGAUUGUUGUAUUGUUCAUAUCGCCUUUAAUAAUUCGAUAUAUUAUCCAGCAACUCUGUCAUUAACACCAUUACCUAUUUGUCCGCCCAACUACCAUAAACUCUCUGAUGUUGCUGAUGCUGAUGUUUUUGCCAUAACACCAUAACCACUGCCCUGUGAUGACACCACCUGUGCUACAGAUACUGCCAUUAUCAUGAAUUCUAACUUCUCAUUGUGAACUUCUCUGCUACUUGUAGCAUUACAAUUGCCAGUACCAUUAUCAUUACAAUCAAUUCAUGUACACAACUACCGUCGACAUGAUUUUUCCGUUCAUAGUUUCUUCAGUUUAGAGAUAAUGCUGCUGGUUUUUGGAAAACUACAAUUUAAAAGCAUUAGUAAACAGUUGAUUUUCCAAUUGAGAAGAUUUGCUGCUUUCCUGAAACAGGUAAUUGAGUCGGUUAGAGAAAUUUGUUUUUGGUAUGUGUUCUUUGUUUUCUAAUGUUAGUUGCAGCAAUUGAGUCAGUUUGUUUUGUUUUGGUUGUGUUCUUUACUGCUGGCCUUUUGGACGAUGAUAUGUGAUCUGUGGCGACGACCAAAAGUGGGGUAAGUGAUGUUGGCUAUUGCAAAUAUGUUUAAAAGUGGUUAGUAUGUGAUUUUGAUUUGUUAGUUGAGCAGUUAGUCUGAGUCUGAUGGUUUUUUUUUUUUUUUUGGGCAGUAAUUUUCCUUUUUUUCUUGUGAAUCUAAUUUGAUCAUUUGAAUUCGAUAAUCGUUAUUGUGGCUUUUGCAAUCUCUGCCAUUUCGUUGAAAGAUUUAGCCGGUCGGUCAUUAUUAUGUUUCUACCUGCAGUUGCAGGGUGUCCUGGCAGUUUUUAGAGAGUUUAGCAGUAUUGUUAUAUGCGAAAUUAUUCUGGAUUGCAAUUAGUAGAAAGAGUGAGCAGCUUGAAAUGUAACUUUUGAUUGGCCUAAAAGUCAAUUUCACCCAAUCUCUUUAACGUUUUAACUAUUGCACCCUAUAAAUUUUUAUCAAUUGUAUCUCAAUUUAAAGUUUAGUGUCAAUUAUACCCUAGGUCAAGAAUUGUAAAAUCAUUGUAACUAAAAAAGAUCAAUUUGAUUGUUGAAUUUU